AUGUGGUCAAUCACCUUUACCUGGGUCAUUGUUCUCGGUACUGUAGCUGACCAGAUCUUUGGCGCUCCACCAUACAGCCUCGACGCGACUCAGGUCGGACUCGUCAUUGGCAUCGCGCCUCUUGUUGGGUCUGCGCUCGGCACACUGAUCUCUGGUUGGAUGUCUGAUCUUGCCGCGCACUACAUGUCCGCCUUCAACGGAGGUCUGUACGAGCCUGAAUUCCGACUCGUCGUCAUUGUGCCUUCUGCAAUCACCAUGGCUGUCGGAGCCUUUGGCCUUGGCGAUGCAAUCGAACACUCCAAAUCCACAAUGGUUUGUUGUGUCUUCCUGGCUCUCAUCAACUUUGGCGUCGGUGCAGGCUGCACAGGCAUCGUCACGUAUACCAAUGAUGUGUGUAUGGAUCGUGCAGGAAGCGCUUUCGGUCUGGCAAUGCUUAUCAAGAGUUCCUUUGCGUUUGGCCUCACCUUUAUGCUCAACGACUACUAUGCCACGAAAGGGCCGAUGGUCUUUUUCAGUACCUGGGGAGGCUUGACAUUGGGUAUCUGUCUGACCACUGUUCCGCUGUAUGUGUUUGGCAAGAGGAUUCGAAGCUGGAUGGGCCGAUGGUGA